ACUGGUCACAAUCGUCAAUCUGCUUAAAAAGUAAAAAAAGUCAAAAAAUAUUUGGAAACUCGGGUUGUGACCUCGGAAUUUCGAUAAAGCGACAUCAAAAACGAAUAUAAUUACGACUGUGCUACAUUAUAUAAACAAUACCUUAGACGGAGAAAGUAAUUUUGUUAUUAUUGCCUAAUAUUUUGAAAAAUAUUACAUAAUGCCGCUCCUGAGGUUGACGACUGGCACCUUCGGGCAGCUGCGCACCUUCGCUACGUCAUCGGCUCUGGGCAAGAGAGUGAAGACGUUCGCCGUGUACCGCUGGAACCCCGACGAGCCGGACAAGAAGCCCUACACACAAAACUUCGAGGUGGAUUUGGACGACUGCGCGCCCAUGGUGCUCGACGCCCUUCUGAAGAUCAAGAACGAGAUGGACCCGACUCUCACGUUCAGGAGGUCGUGCCGGGAGGGCGUCUGCGGCUCCUGCGCCAUGAACAUCGACGGCAUCAACACCCUCGCCUGCAUCAGCCACAUCGACCAGAACCUCUCCAAGCCGACCAAGAUCUACCCCUUGCCCCACAUGUACGUGGUCAAGGAUCUGGUGCCUGACCUGACCAACUUCUACAAGCAGUACCAGUCCAUCGAGCCCUGGCUGCAGCGCGAAAAGGAGCCCGCUAAGGGCAGCGAGAAGCCUCUUCUCCAGGAUGUGGAGGACCGAGCGAAGCUGGACGGUCUGUACGAGUGUGUGCUGUGCGCCUGCUGCUCCACCAGCUGCCCGUCGUACUGGUGGAACGGAGAUAAGUACCUCGGCCCGGCUGUACUCAUGCAGGCUUACAGGUGGAUCAUCGACUCCCGUGAUGAUGCUACUCAGAAGCGUCUCUCGAAGCUGAAGGACACCUACUCGGUGUACAGAUGUCACACCAUCAUGAACUGCACCCGAACUUGCCCGAAGGGUCUGAAUCCCGGCCGUGCCAUUGCUCAGAUCAAAACCCUGCUGUCCGGUAUCGUAAAGAAACAGGCGCCAAUCAUGGACCCCGCCGGUCUGGAGAAGCAGACCGCACAAAACUAAACUGACUUCAGAAAACUAAUGAUCUUUAUACAAACAAUGUGAUGUACAAUUAUUGUUACGAUUAGUUUAUUGUUUAUCUAAACAAUUUUACUGGAAAAUACCAUCAGAACAUUAUGAAUACCUCAUUAAAGCAUUAGCCUGUACCAUAGUAUCAACUAUCAUACAUGUAAUGAGAUUAAUAUACAAUUUACUUUUACAGGUCCUACAAUUUACUUUAUGGGCCUCAACAUCAUUCAAUAGUUUACUAAAAAUUAAAGUAACGAAAUAUUCAGGUCUCUUAUCAAACUGCAUUUUGUAGAAAAUGAUAUAACAAAAAGAUGACCCGAG